UGAAAAGAAUAUGCUUCGCGAUAAAAGAGUGGUGAACGCACAGAGGGGUCCCACAAGCAAGCACAGAACGACGUUGACGCACCGGAGAGAGAUCGUCCGCGAUAGCUGUUCACAAUACCAGGAACGCUGUCAGAUAAAGCGUGGAUGACUCGGUCUGGCAUGUGAAGCAAACAUCGUGUGAAGGGAAGCUCCCCCGAUAAAAGGAUAGUGCAGAUAGCCGGAGAAAAGACUCCUCAUUUGUCGACAUCCGCCAAGGCGUCUAGUUUCAAGGGACACGCGAUGGAAGCGAAACUGCUGCUGCUGCUCUUUGCAGCUCUUUUGUUCCUGCAGGGAACUGAUGGGUUGCUCAGGAUUCGUCUCCACCGAAUGCAGACUAUACGGCAUCAUCUGCUGGAUGCGGGUGCGCCUGAAAUCAUAACUACUUACGUGAAGCACAGGCUGGUUGGACCAGUCCCAGAACCGCUAUCCAACUAUCUGGACGCUCAGUACUACGGUGUCGUGUCAUUAGGAACACCUCCGCAGAAGUUCCGCGUUGUCUUCGACACGGGCUCUUCCAACCUCUGGGUGCCAUCGGCCAAAUGUCCUUUCACCAACAUUGCUUGCUUGCUUCACCGCAAGUACCACAGUGAACAAUCCAGCACCUACAAGAAGAACGGUACAAGCUUCGUAAUUCGCUAUGGCAGUGGCAGCGUCAAAGGAGAACUGAGCACCGACGUCUUCUCGCUGGAAGACGUGCUUGUCAAAGACCAGACGUUCGCCGAAAUUCUUCGGGAGUCUGGUCUGGCCUUCAUUGCUGCCAAAUUUGAUGGUAUUUUGGGUUUGGGCUACCCACAGAUCUCUGUCCUUGGUGUCCCUCCAGUGUUUGACAACAUGAUUGCUCAGGGUGUGGUAAAAGACCCAGUGUUCUCAGUCUAUCUCGAUAGGAAUACGAAUGACUCUACUGGCGGCGAGGUGAUCUUCGGAGGCAUCGACCAUUCGCACUACAAGGGUGACGUCGCCUAUAUCCCGGUCUCCAAGAAGGGCUACUGGCAAUUCAACAUGGAUGGAGUCGAGUUAAGCAACAAUGGCAGCUUCUGCCGAGGCGGUUGCCAGGCCAUUGCCGAUACAGGCACUUCCUUGAUUGCCGGGCCUUCAGCCGAAGUGACAAAACUGAACGAGCUCAUUGGAGCUGCACCCUUCACAGGAGGAGAGUACAUCGUAAGUUGCAAGGAGAUUCCCAACCUUCCUGUCAUCACAUUCACUUUGGGUGGGAAGAAAUUCUCACUGGAAGGAAAAGACUACGUUUUACAGGUCAGUGCUUCAGGUUUCCCAUUGUGUCUGAGUGGCUUCAUCGGCCUGGACGUGCCUCCGCCAUUAGGCCCACUCUGGAUUCUGGGUGAUGUUUUCAUUGGCCGCUACUACACCAUCUUCGACCGUGGAAACGACCGUGUCGGGUUCGCUGACGCUGUGUAAUGCCGCAGAUAUUAUUCUUCCUCAACAAACAUGUGCACAAUACUACUACUACUUCGAAAACGAAAUGGUUUUUCAGUUUUAUUAUUCAUGUGCAUUCAUUGUGUAUUCACGCAAUAAAUAUGCGGUAAAUCUG